AUGGCAACUUUUAUGUUAGCCAUCAGUCACUUUAAUGAGGUCAAGAACACAUCCUAUCACCUUGCCAAAAGAUACAGGAACCAGGAAUGGCUCGUGUAUCAGUUCAAUUUCAGGUGUUCCAGCUUCCUGGGGCGCCCUGCUGGAGAAGUGAGCUCAUCCCGUGGCAGCAUCGCUGACACAGACCGUUACCUCAUCCAAAAGGGAGAGAGCUUACCGCCACCCACACCUGAGCGCCGUUCUAAAUCCUUCAUGGACUUGCUUUCCUGCGAAGCUGGCUUGGGCAGAGACUGUUUAAAACUUGUGUUUGGCUUUGUGUCUCCUCUGGCAGGUCCCUCCAUAGUGACGCCCCCCAGGGACAUCUGGAAUGUCACCGGCGCCCAGGUGUACUUGAGCUGCGAGGUGAUCGGAAUCCCAACCCCGGUCCUCAUCUGGAACAAGGUAAAACGGGGUCAUUAUGGAGUUCAAAGGACAGAGCUCUUGCCUGGUGACCGAGACAACCUGGCCAUUCAGACCCGGGGUGGCCCAGAAAAGCACGAAGUCACUGGCUGGGUGCUGGUGUCUCCUCUAAGCAAAGAAGAUGCUGGAGAAUACGAGUGUCACGCGUCCAACUCCCAAGGACAGGCUUCCGCUUCAGCAAAAAUUACAGUGGUUGAUGCCUUGCAUGAAAUACCUGUGAAGAAAGGUGAAGGUGCUGAGCUAUAAACUUGCAGAAUAUAUCAGUCUGCAAAGCUAAAAGUAGUCAUGGAUAACUACAACCCCUGUUCUUGCCUAAUAACAAGUUUCUUUUAAUCCAGUCCACUAACACUUUAGUUAUAUUCACUGGUUUUAUACAAAAUAAAGAUAACACAUCAAGACUACAAAAAUUUAUUGUCUAUUUACAGAAGAAAAGCAUGCAUGUCACUAAACAAAACAAAUAAAAUGCUUUUUAUCGCAACACA